AUGGAGGAGAUGCUGAUGGCGGCCAACGCGGGCGCCGCAAAUCCGAGCCAAGGCUCGAAUCCAAACCCGCCGGCGCCGGCGCCGUCGUCGGCACCUGGCGGUGCCCUGCGCGGUGGCGCGCCGGCGCCGCUGGCGGGCGCGGGUAGCACCGAGCGGCGCGCGCGGCCGCAGAAGGAGAAGGCGCUCAACUGCCCGCGGUGCAACUCCACCAACACCAAAUUCUGCUAUUACAACAACUACAGCCUCCAGCAGCCACGCUACUUCUGCAAGACGUGCCGCCGCUACUGGACGGAGGGCGGAUCCCUCCGCAACGUCCCCGUGGGCGGCGGCUCACGCAAGAACAAGCGCUCCUCGGCGUCCGCGUCCGCGUCCGCCUCCACCUCCGCCUCGGUCACGAGCUCGUCCAUGGCCAGCACGGCGGGGGCGGCGUCCAAGAACCCGAAGCUGGCGCACGAGGGCGCGCACGACCUCAACCUGGCGUUCCCGCAUCACGGUGGCCUGCACGCCCCCGAGUUUGCGGCGUUCCCGAGCCUGGAGAGCAGCAACGUGUGCAACCCGGGCGGCGGGAUGACGAGCAACGGCCGGGGCGGCGGCGCGGGGCCCGCGGUCGGCGCGCUCUCGGCAAUGGAGCUCUUGCGGAGCUCCGGCUGCUACAUGCCGCUGCAGGUGCCGCUGCAGAUGCCAGGAGAUUACACGGCGGCAGGGUUUGCGCUCGGAGAGUUCCGCACGCCGCCGCCGCCGCCUCCACCGUCGCAGAGCGUGCUCGGCUUCUCUCUGGACGCGCACGGCCCGGGGUCCGGUGCUGCCGCGGCGGGGUACGGUUCCGGCGCCGGGCUGCAGGGCGUGCCGGAGAACGCGGGCAGGUUAUUGUUCCCCUUCGAGGACUUGAAGCCGCCGGUUAGCUCUGGAGGUGGUGGUGUGGCCGGUGGUGCAACAGGUGGCGCCGGCGAUGGAAAUAGCAGCCAUAAUCAGUUUGACCACAACAAGGAGCAAGGCGGAGGCGGCGACGGCGGCCCCGGUGCCGGGCACGACGCGCCGGGGUUCUGGAGCGGCAUGAUCGGCGGCAGUGGCGCUUCUUGGUAA